UCACAGGUCGUAUUAGCUGUAUGCUUUUGCUUUAAGUAAAUAAGUUGAUAAAUACAUAAAGCACACUUAGAUGUGAGCUUUCCAUUUCAGUCAAGUUUUUGCACACUCUGCUCAGAGUUUUUCUUUCCUAGAAUAAACUGUGGUAUGUAUUUGGGUAGCUCAUGUCAGUGUCAUCUCUCAUUCCAUUUUUUUAAAAAAAGUGGCACACUUAAUUGUGUUUGUUUCGCCAAAUAAAUUCUGGUCAGCAGCAAUUUCUGCACUCAGCAGCGUCCGCUCUGACAAGAAAGAUUCAGCAGAUGGCAAGGAAUGGCAUGCAUGAAUGCAAAAUACGGGGAUCUAAAACUCUAAGCCACAGUGCAAAGCAUAAAAUCUUAAAUAUAAACAAAAAAUGGCAGCACUAUGUACUAGUGGUUAGCAUGUCUGCCUCACAGUUCUGAAGUUUGGGGUUAGAAUCUCGCCUGCGGCCUUACAGUGUGGAGUUUGCAUGUUCUCCUUGUGCUUGUGUGGGUUUUGUGCGGGUACGCUGGCUUCUUUCCACGUUCCACAACACAGAAUACGCUCAUGCUGAACUAACUGGUCAGUGCCCAACUGCCACUCACUAGGGCACACCUUUUAUCAUGUGUUAUUUACAGUAUAUAUGUGUGUGUGUGUAAUUUCUCUAUAUUCCCUUUUAUUAUGUUUUUAUAUUUAUAUUUUACAAUACAGUGGUAUUUUUCUUAUUAAAACAUUUAACAAAAAAUGGUGGGGUUUUUUUGGAGGAGGGACUGGAACACAUUGGCAUUUCAUUUCAAUAGGGAACAUUUAUUUGAUAUAAAGUGUUCUCUCACUAUAUCUACUGCUAAUUCAGUGCAUUGCAGAUUUUCUUUUCAUAUUCCACAUAAUUCGCCAUAUCAUGGGAUUUUGAACAUGUGAGCUGUCAUUUUUUUGUGAUAAAAUAAACGCUUCCUAGUUUAACAUUAAAACUAAUAAAAACAAAAGCACAUAUCACAAGGAAUAAAAUACAUAGUGUGCAGUACUACUGUGCAUUAAUGUAUGUUUAAGAGUAUAGUAGAGGUUUAUAGUGUGUAAUAGAGUGGGGUAGAUAGUAUGAAAAUAUCAGUAUUAAAUAUGUAUAAAUAAUCCCCCAAAUUAUGUGGUUGCUACUUUGUGGAUUUCACUUAUUCCAGGGGUCGUCUGGAACCUAUUGUACGAGUAAAUUAAUUACGAGCUUGGUGAACAAAUUACACUCAUCAGUUAAGGUAACCAUUAUAUGAUAUAUCUGUACUGCUGCUUGUGUUUUGGGUAUACACAAAGUCAUCUUCCAGCCACAUUUAAGGCGACAGAGCCAGUGGGAGUGGCUCCUGUAAAGUGAUUUCGGUUAAAGAGUUAACCCCCACCCAUCCCUGGCUGUGUCUUUCAAACCGCCUCCAUUUCCAAGUCGGCGAAUCAGCAUCCUCUCUUCUGCCCGGCCUCUGAAGGUGGCCAAUCUGAUUGGACAAUGGCGAGCAAAGCCUGUGUUGGCCGGGGGAGGGACUCGGGAUUCUCACAGACUGCUUUUUUUAAUGUUUUUCAUUCACAGUGUGGGAAAGUACUUGAAUGGGCGAUAUCAGUCGCUCCUUUUGUCACCCUCUACCACACCACAUUUCCAGUUCUCCCUGAUGCACCCCCACCACACUCUUGCCUUGACAACCCACUCAACCUUUGUAACACCUUCAGGACUGUAGAAACUUUCAUUUUGAUGCGCGUUUCUUUUGUUUUUUUCAACCAUCCAUGCUGAGUGUAAAGCAGUGCAGGGAGCAGUUAUAGCCUGGAACUGAGCAAACCAUUAAUUUGUCUGCCCACUGGAUUGGAUUUUAAGCAGAAAAAGAUCAACAUGCAUGGAAUGGCAUGCCCCUGUUGGUUCUCUGGGGUUGUCUGUGCUGGGGACUCAGACAGUUUAAGAGGAUGCUAAACCGAGAACUGACUCAACUAUCGGAAGCCAGUCGCUCAGGGAAUCAGGUGUCAGAGUUCAUCGCCAAUACCUUCCUUGAGAAACAACAUGAUGUGGAAAUCUUGUCUCCACCGCCUAAGGAGAAGGAGAAGAAGAAGAGGCCCAUGUCACAGAUCAGUGGUGUGAAAAAGGUCACACAGAGCCCCAGCCUUGCAUCUACCUGCGUCCCUCGUUUUGGAGUCAACACCCCACAGGAGAAUCUGCUGGCCAGCGAGAUUGAGGACCUUAACUGUUGGGGUCUGGAUGUAUUCAAGAUAGCAGAACACUCUGGAAACCGCCCUUUGACGGUUAUCAUGUUCUCCAUCUUCCAGGAGCGAGACCUUUUAAAAACGUUUAGGAUCCCGAUUAACACCUUCAUCACCUUCAUGAUGACCUUAGAGGACCAUUACCAUGCUGAUGUAGCUUAUCACAACAACAUCCAUGCAGCUGAUGUUGUGCAGUCCACACACGUGCUCCUGUCUACCCCUGCUCUAGAGGCUGUAUUCACAGAUUUAGAGAUCAUGGCUGUUUUGUUUGCCAGCGCCAUUCAUGAUGUUGACCACCCAGGCGUCACGAACCAGUUCCUAAUAAACACAAGUUCUGAGUUGGCAUUAAUGUACAACGAUGCCUCAGUGCUAGAGAACCAUCACCUCGCUGUGGGCUUCAAACUGCUCCAAGAGGACAACUGUGACAUCUUCCAAAACCUCAGCAAGAAACAACGUGACUCCCUCCGCAAGAUGGUGAUAGACAUGGUGCUAGCCACAGAUAUGUCCAAACAUAUGAACUUCUUGGCAGACAUGAAGACAAUGGUGGAGACCAAGAAAGUGACCAGUUUAGGAGUUCUGCUGCUUGACAACUAUUCGGACCGAAUCCAGGUUCUUCAGAACAUGGUUCAUUGUGCCGAUCUGAGCAACCCAACCAAGCCUCUGGAGCUGUACCGUCAGUGGACGGACCGCAUUAUGGUGGAAUUCUUCACACAGGGAGACAGGGAACGCGCUAAGGGCAUGGAGAUCAGUCCCAUGUGUGACAAACACAACGCCUCCAUUGAAAAGAGCCAGGUGGGCUUCAUUGACUACAUUGUCCACCCUCUGUGGGAGACCUGGGCGGACUUGGUGCACCCUGAUGCUCAGGACAUCCUGGACACCCUGGAGGACAACAGAGAGUGGUACCAGAGCAUGAUCCCACGCAGCCCCUCACCUUCUAGUCCUGACGAGUCCCACGAUGAGCUCCGACCGGGAGGAAGUCUGGAAGGGCCAAACCCUUCAACCGGGGUAGGCGGGGACAAGUUCCAGUUUGAACUGACACUGGAGGAAGAAGAGGAGGAGGAUGACGAAUUGGAUUCUGACCUAGAGAGUCCACUCGAGGAUGACCCCCAGUUGGGGAUGGAGCGGCACCAGGACUCGUCCUCCCCCUCGAUAUCCCCAGACCCGCGCAGCAGGUACCGCCCUCCUUCACCUCAUCUGUCACGGCCCACCAGUCUGACGCUGCAGAGCCCACACCCUCACAGGACGACAACCUCGCCCAGCCAGGAGGAAGCUAAAAGUGAGGAUGACAGUGCCCCCUAUCUGCAUGAAGGCACAUAGCAACCAGCACAACCUGCCUUGCCAAAGAGACAAACAGCAGCACUGAGAGGAAGGCAGGGCAGGCCCUUACCUACCAAAAGUCUGUAAAAUCACCACAGUCCCUUUACACUGGAGACAGCCUCUCUGUAGACAGAGGGGUGACCCCCCUCUUUUUAAUUUCAUAUUUAUAUUGGCCUCUCUUUGGGUUCCUACUAAGUCUGUUGUUUCCCACCCUGCUUUGGGAGCUUCAAAAAGAGUGACUCCCUCCCAAAACAAAAGGUAACAGAGAUGUCUUCCUCUCAAAUAACUAACUUUUGGACGUGAGCAAGUGAGAGUUGCAGUGGUAUGACAGGGUCUUGGAAAUGAUUUUGCACCAUUUUAAAACAGAAAAAACAUUAUCUAAUCUUGUGAAAAUCUGAUUUUUAUUGAAAGAUUUUGAGGUGAAUUGAUGGACCUAAACCUCAGGGUAUGAAGAGAAACAAAAUGAAUGUAGCAUGGAUGUUGUUGUUGUGCAUACCCUAAAGUCAUUCGAAUUUACCUCUAUCUACACAUGACUGGUACUUGUCUAACCAGUUGAAACCCUUUAAAUUAGGCACCUAAAGCAAUCAAAUAUUAGACCAGCUUGUAGCGCCACAGAUUGAGCACUGAAGACACCACCUGUAGUCUAAACUGCAUCCUUUUUUUUUUUUUUUAACCUGAGAUUAAUUUAUAUGGUGCCCUUUUUUCAAACUUAUGAUGUAACAAUUUUUGAUCAUCCAUUUGCUGGUCUUUAUGUCGUGAAAAACAUUUUUAUUUUAUCAGGAUGGAUCCAAUCCUCAGUAGCACUUUACUAUUUCUGUCGCUUAGCUCUUCGAAGGCGUUACAAAGGGCUUCACCUACUAUAGGCCUACACUUCAUAAAUGCAGUACAAGUUACCUAAAGAUGGGAAGGAAAACAUUCUGUUGAUUUGGAAGUUAAACUAGAUUGAACAUCUCUACAGUGAGUUCUAGGUUAAAACACGCUUUCAGGGAUAAAAAAGAUAAAUGUCCCAUCUAUGGAAAAAAUGAACCAAAAGCUUUUUCGGACCUUCACCAAGCGUGAGCACAGGGCAGUAUCUUGUCUUAAAUAGGGAUGCGUAUUUGACAACACUUCCUUGAUUGGCCAUUCAUAAAAUAAUUCAGUGUUAUCCUUGGUCUGUCACUUGCAGGUCCAACAAAAGUUGGGGGGUUGUGGGGGGUCCUGGGUCUUACCCUUUAUUGGAUUCACCCCUCCACAAAGUAGUUUUUUGUGUGUGAUCCUGCAUAGAAACAAUUAGAUAAAUGCCGCAAGUUUAUCAAUAUAUAUACCUUUUUCCAACCGAUCCGUUUUUUCGUAAUGAGGUAAUAUUGUAGUUUUGCUCAUGACAGCUGAUUGCAUGAAAAUACCAAAAACUCAAGGAUAUAUGUCAGUUUUUCUUCCUUGUGGGCCUGCCAGUCCUUAAACCAUCAUUUGAAACUGGUGCAAAUAUAGUCCAAAAUAUUUGAUCAGUGACUCAACUAUAACUUUGCUUCUAUUUUUUUUUUUUUGAAAAUGUACAUUUUUCUUUGUAAAUUGAAAAGAAAUAAGUAGCAUACAUUUUAAAGAUUUUCAUUGGAAAAUGAAUAUUUUCAGAAGUUCUGCGGUUUGCUCAGGCAUACCAACGAUUUUUGCAAAUUCAGAAACAAAUUAAAACUGCUUAUUACAAACGUAAAAAGAAUGCACAUCAUAAACUAAUGCAGCAACAUUGGUGAUUCACAGAGUCACUGCCAAAACAUUUGGCUUUCAAUCUUUCAAAGUUGAAUUUAUAUUUGCCCUCAAUGCUUAAAGCUUGGUGUUUUUGCCUUCACCUCUUAACUAAAUUCACAACCACAGUGCCUGAUUUGUCAGUGAAGAAUCAAGUCACCUCAAUUGUUUAUUGCUUUAAAAUUGUUUUCAUCAGCGCUGCACAUAAAUCAAGCCCUCUUCAUGUUAAAGGGACUCGAUGGCUGCUGAUCCUUUAAAGAGUUUUGUAAGCAUGAUUAUGAAAAGAAUCAGCCCAUCACUAUUUCCAUUUCACAUAGAAAAGGCAGGACCAAAUUUCAUAAAACAAACCUCAAAUAAAUUAAUGUCCUUAUUGCGAUUUAAAUUUUGAUUCUUCAGCCCAUAUCCAGCCCACAAGUAGCCUACAGAAGUCACUGAAACCAUUUGGAAGUGCUUGACUGUGAUAACUCUGUGCCAUUAGGGGGGAGAGGAAGAAGAAGAAAAAAAAAAAGGAAAAAAAAAAAACCUGCCAGCCUACAAUGCUACAUUUUUUUUACACUAGAGAUUUUAAAUGAUUGUAUCAAAUUCAUUGACUUUAUAGUGAUAGUUUCUACCAAUGAUAGCUCAACUGUAUUUAAAAUUGGCGAUUAGUUUUUGUGCAACUUAGAAGUGCUCCGACUUUCUAAUCUGAUAGUUGAGACUUAAGAGACUGUGUAGUUUGAGGACUCCUCCUGUCUCUUUGUGUACCAAGUGUGUGUCCAUUCUGUAGAUGAGCAUUUGUGGCCAACAGAGAUUUGGGGGAGGUUAACCAGCAUUACACACAUUUUAGUGCACUUCCUGGUCAGGCAGUGGUAGGAAACAGUAGUCGCAAAGUAUUUCAUGAAAACAGUAUGCUUUAUUGAUCAGCCUUUUUAUUGAUCAUGUGAUUUAGGAUGUUGGCCGUGAAAGUUAAAGGAUCAAUUUGCUGUUUUUUGACACACGACCCACUGGAUGUUAAAAUGGAAAUACUGUAUGACUAUGCUCGUUUGUUUUUGCUUACCUACAACUGCAACUGUAGGGUGAACCUGAAUCAAUUGACCACUUUUAAUAGUCAAAAACAAACAAACAUUUCAGUCUGACUUUCAUCAAGUCAAAUGGAAAGAAUGGACUGAAAGGCUGGUCAGUUAAACUCAGCACUGCGUUUCUUUACAUGUAAACACUAGUGCCAAAAAGUAUUAAAUGUGUUGUUGCUCACUUGUGUUGAGCCCAUGCUGCCAUCAUGUUAUUAAUGUUGCUCAGGCUAUGUCGUGCAAACUUCUCUCAUGCUAUUUAUUCUUCAUAAGUCUGUUGAGGGAAAAGUACUGUUAAAAAAAACAAAUGUUGACCAGGAAUACCAUUAAAUUGUACGUUUAAUCUUAUGUUGAGCCUAAAGAUCAAAUAAGUAUGUAUACAGCUGAUCUGCCACUCACAUUUUUGUCAAAGAAAAAUUUCUCACUUUAAACCAAAUGAUGGUCAGGAGUUUAGGGUGUUUUGUGGGGGAAAUGCCAAUAAAUGUGGAAAUGUA